AGGUAUCGUCAUGUCGAUAAUAUAUUCUUCGAAAACCAAGAUAUUGUGAAUGAUUUCUUGAAUUUUUGGCGCACAACUGGAAAUCAGCGAGUCGGAUAUCUCAUUGGGAAGUAUCAACCAUUUUCGGACGUUCCUCUUGGUAUAAAAGCUGUAGUUGCCGCUAUUUAUGAACCUCCCCAAAACUGCACUCCUGAUAAUGUAGAAAUUCUCGAUGAUCCUAAUGAACAGGCAGUAGAUCGGCUGUGUAACUGGUUAGGGUUGAAACGUGUGGGCUGGAUUUUCACAGAUCUCUGGUCAGCUGAUCGAGUGAAAGGAACGGUGCACUGCACAAGACAUAAGGUAGGUCUUUAUCUACCUAAAGCGAAUGCAAAUGGACAGUUAUUUUCCCGUUACUAG